AUGGAUUUAUCAUCGUCAAGAAUUUUAACAACAUCAUCAAUUGCAAAUACAUCAUCAGGUGCUAUUAUAAUACCUGCUGUUAAAAAUUCUUCAUCAUUAAAUAAAAGUUCAUUAAAUCCAAUGCGUAUUGGUGAUGCUGCUUUACAAAAAAUGCGUACUAUAACAACAACACCACCAAUAACAUCAUCAACAAAUGAUUCGACUGAUCAACAACCAGCUGUUUUUAUAAUGAAUAAUCUCAAAACUGAACCUCAACAACCACGAACAAUAACUGUUAAUCGUCUUUUAUUUUCAAAUAAUAAUAAUCAUAAUACGAAUAUAUCUACUCCAACAUCAACAACAAUUAUAAAUGGACAAAAUGGUAUUAAUUUAGCAACACUUGUUAAUAGUUUAAAUACAUUGAAUCAAAUGGCAUUAUUACAAUCAACAAAUAAUUCAACAGCAACGGCAACAACACAAAAUAGCAUUGCUAAACUUCUUGAAACACCAAUUUUAUCAACAACAAAUGCUAUUCAACAACCACAAACAACAAUUGUUCCAUCGAUUAAUAAUCAUAUGUCGUCAUCCAAUAAAGAAAAUGAAAAUACAUCAUUACCACGUAUAACAAAUGUUCGUUCAGCAUCUGUUUUACCAACAUCUGUACAAUCAUCAUCUUCAACAACACCAACAACACAGAAUGAUGCAUUUUUCGCCAAAACCAAAGUGUUAGUUGAACUUUUAACAUCACCAAGUACACAACCACCAUCAUGUUUUGGUUCAUCAUUAAUUGAACCUGAAACUCAAACACCAUAUUCAGAUGCAACACGUACACGAUCAAAAAAACGUGUUAAUCGUAUAAAACGACCAAUGAAUGCAUUUAUGGUUUUUUCACAAUUGGAACGUCGAAAAAUUGUACAAUUGGCACCUGAUAUGCAUAAUGCUGAAAUAUCAAAAUAUUUAGGUGCAAGAUGGAAACGUUUAUCGGAAAGUGAACGUCGUCCAUUUAUUGACGAAGCUGAAAGAUUAAAAAUGUUACAUUUGCGUGAAUAUCCUGAUUAUAAAUAUAAACCACGUAAACGUGCUAAAAAAGGUUCAACACCACCAAGAAAUUCAACUAAUCCACAUACAUCAUCAUCAAUGGAUACAACAGAUACAUCAUCAGAUGAUUGUACAUCAAAAACAUCAAUUUUACCUGGUAUGAAUCGUUUAGAUGAAAAUCUUUCAACAUCAAUUGAAAAUGAUUUUGAUGAAAAUUCAUCAUCAGCAUUACUUACAAAUACACUUGCUUCAUUAAUUGAUCCAAAAUUAGGUUUAUUUUCAACAAAUACAAAUUUUGAUGAUCCAUCAUUUUUUACAUCAUCACAAACAGCAACAGGUACAUCAUCAUCAUCAUCAUCAUCACAACCAAUUGAUCCACUUUUACUUGAUGCACUUGCAUCAGCUGAUCCUCAAACACAAGAAGCUUUUUUUAAUCAAUUACAAAUGCUUGGUGAUUUUAAAUUAUGGGCUGAUCUUGAUUUAUCAAAUAGCGAUCCAACUUUAUAA